GCGCGCAGGCGCAGCGGUGGCGGGGUGGGCGCGGGUCGGGGAGGGGGCGCGGAUGGCGGCGGGGCCGCGCGAUGCUGCGCUGGUUCUUGGCCGUGCUCAGCCACUCCUGCUUCGUCCCCAGGGGCGGCUCCAUGUUCUACGCGGUGCGCAAGGGCCGGCGGACCGGCGUCUACCGCACCUGGGCGGAGUGCCAGGAGCAGGUGAACAAGUUUCCCUCCGCUAGCUUCAAGAAGUUCGCCACCGAGAAGGACGCCUGGACCUUCGUGCGCGCCGGCGUCCCGGGGCCGCAGCAGCCCGAGGCGGCAGAGGCAUUUGGUCCUCCAGCUGUAACACAAGAAAAUGGUAGCCAGAGAGAGGAACCAGACUUAAAUACCAUGUGUUGCAGUACAUGUAAAAGGCCAUAUGAACAGUCUACAAACGAAGAGCAGAUUGCAAAGCGUGUAAAACAUGAUGAGUUACACUCAGUGUGCUCAAUACCAACAGUCAAUGGAGAUAAGUUUUCAUAUAUGGGUGACUUUGCAGUUGUUUAUACAGAUGGUUGUUGCUCUGGUAAUGGACGUAACAGGGCACGUGCUGGAAUAGGUGUCUACUGGGGACCAGGCCACCCUUUAAAUACCAGUGAAAGACUUCCUGGACGGCAGACUAAUCAAAGAGCAGAAAUCCAUGCAGCCUGCAAGGCAAUAGAGCAAGCCAAGAGUCAAAACAUCAAGAAGUUAAUAAUCUACACUGAUAGCAAGUUUACUAUUAAUGGUAAGUUAAGGAAUUUAAUUUUCCUGAUCCUUAAAGGCACUGCAUGCUUUUUCAUUACAUAAGACCCACAGAACAUUCUGAAUCCUGGAGAGAGGAAUGUAAGGAAGACAGUGCAUAACUUACCACUUAUGACUGCUUGGGGGAAAACUUCAGAGUAUGAGACAUUGCCUGCUAACUGCAUGAAAUAGAGUCAAAGUGUCUGUUACAGUAAAUGCUGACAGAAGUAACACCAGGAUUUGUGUCCUGAGGUGUUCAGUGUGACACAAAAUGUAGAAAAAAUGUCAUUCAUGUAUAGGCUGUUAAGGCUGUACUCAGGAAAUUACUUGGAAGUUGGUGUGGUAACCUGUUGGGUAUUGGUUGUUUUGCAUGUAUUGGAGGCGCUGUCUUUAACACACACACCUGUAAAGUACAUUCAAGUUCUCUUGCUUCCAAGCUUUUAGGCUACAUUGGAAGACAUCUCAGAGAUAUGUGCUCAGAGUAUGUAUUAAAAGACCUGGAAAACAUAAUUUUAUUCUCUAAUAAUACCAUAUGAGGCAGCCAAAAAGACUUAAUUUUGG